UUCCGUAUACCGCCAAAAAAGUGAAGAGAAGAAGAAGCAAAGGCAGAAGCAUGGCUGCAGAUAUGAGAUUACCGACUAUUAGAAAAACCGUGUCGCUAUCAGCGUCUGCGUUUGACCGAAAAGAUCUGGUCGUACCGGGGGAUGUUAUUACUUCAGACACUGGGUUCAUGAGGGGUCAUGGCACCUACGUUGAUGACGACAAGUUGACAGCUUCAGUCGCAGGAGAGGUGCAGAGGGUGGACAAACUCAUCUGUGUCAGGCCACUUAAAACCAGGUUUAAUGGUGAAGUUGGAGAUGUUGUGGUUGGCAGAAUUACAGAGGUGCAGCAGAAAAGAUGGAAAGUGGAGACAAACUCCCGACUGGACUCUGUCCUCUUGCUGUCUUCUGUAAACCUGCCAGGAGGAGAGCUGAGGAGAAGAUCAGCAGAAGAUGAGCUGACCAUGAGAGAAUAUCUUCAGGAAGGAGAUCUAAUCAGUGCAGAGGUGCAGUCUGUCUUCAUGGAUGGAGCUCUGUCACUUCACACCCGCAGUUUAAAGUAUGGAAAAUUGGGUCAAGGAGUGCUGGUCCAGCUUUCCCCUUCUCUGAUCAAGAGGCAGAAAACACAUUUCCACAACCUGCCGUGUGGCGCAUCCAUUAUCCUGGGGAAUAACGGCUUUGUGUGGUUGUAUCCCACACCGGGCCAACAGGAGGAGGAAGCUGGAGGUUUCUACACCAGCCUUGAGCCUGUCAGCCUGUCGGAUCGAGAGGUCAUUUCACGGUUGAGAAACUGCCUGCUGGCUUUGGCUGCGCACAAAGUCCUCCUGUAUGACACCAGUGUUCUCUACUGCUACGAAUCGUCACUUCAGCACCAGGUGAAGGACAUCUUAAAACCCGAGGUGAUGGAGGAGAUUGUAAUGUUGACGCAUCAGAAGCUCUUGGAACAGGAGGGUUAAAGAGCCCAAAGCUUUGUCAGAAGUCAAAAUCACAUCAGGCCAGCUGUGGACCCGACCACUGAUCUGAAAGCUGAAUUAGCUUUAUUUUCUUAGAGAUAUAAUUAAAUUGUCAAAGUCCAACGUGUUUUAUUAAAGGAAACCAGUAUUGUU